AUCUUCCUCCUCAUGUUAAGCCACAGACAUACAGAGCUUAGUUCAGAAACAAGAAACAGAGCAGGUUUUAGCGAUUCCUUUGGAAUAGCAUCCUAUUGGCGCUGCACUGCACAAUCUGCAUCCAGUUCACACAAGAUGGUAGCGAGCAAGAUGAUGGUGGCGAAGGAGGCGAUCCCACUGCUGACGCCGCACAAGAUAGGGCGGUUCGAGCUCUCCCACCGGGUGGUGCUCGCGCCGCUCACGCGCUGCCGCUCCUACACCAACGUGCCGCAGCCGCACGCCGCGCUGUACUACUCGCAGCGGGCGACGGAGGGCGGCCUGCUCGUCGCGGAGGCCACUGGCGUCUCCGCCACCGCGCAGGGGUACCCGGAGACGCCCGGCGUCUGGACGCAGCAGCAGGUCGACGCCUGGAAGCCCAUCGUCGACGCCGUCCACCGCAAGGGCGCUUUCUUCUUCUGUCAGCUUUCGCACGUCGGGAGGGUCUCCACGAAUGAUUUCCAGCCAGAUGGACAGGCGCCGAUCUCCAGCACCGACAAACAGAUAACACCCGAUGCUGAGUCCGGCAUGGUUUACUCCAAGCCCCGGCAGCUUCAAACAGAGGAGAUACCAUUGAUCGUCGAUGACUUCAGACGCGCUGCCCGGAAUGCCAUCGAGUCGGGGUUCGACGGUGUUGAGAUCCACGGGGCACAUGGGUACCUAUUGGAGCAGUUCAUGAAAGACAGCUCUAACGAUCGCACCGACGAGUAUGGUGGAAACCUCGAGAACCGGUGCCGUUUUGCAGUGGAGGUAAUUGAUGCUAUUGUCCAUGAGAUUGGUGCCGAUCGCGUAGGAAUCAGGUUGUCUCCAUUUGUGGAUUACAUGGAUUGCUUCGACUCUGAUCCACAUGCACUCGGAAUGUACAUGGUGCAACAACUCAACAAACAUCAAGGGUUUGUCUAUUGCCAUAUGGUAGAGCCGCGGAUGGCCAUUGUGGAUGGCCGCAGUCAGAUACCCCAUGGGCUCUUGCCCUUCAGGAAAUCAUUCAACGGCACUUUCAUUGCCGCCGGAGGGUAUGAUCGAGAGGAAGGCAACAAAGUGGUGGCCGACGGCUAUGCUGAUCUCGUUGCUUAUGGGAGGAUCUUUUAUCUUUCUGGCUAAUCCAGAUUUGCCUAAGAGAUUCGAGCUCGACUCACCCUUGAACAAGUACGACCGCAACACUUUCUACACGCAAGAUCCUGUCAUUGGCUACACAGAUUAUCCUUUCCUU